AUGGCUUCCGGACAUGGUAGAUCCGUAGGGUUAGGUGCAGGCAGCACUCGGGGCGGCGCACCAGGUUCUCCACCACGACCUAUGGAGGGGCGAGUAGGGGAUGGACCUGGAGGAGUCAGCGCUUGCUUCAUCGGGGGGUUUCUUUCCGUUGCGGCGCCGGCAUCUCGUCAGUCUUUCCGUUACGACGGCCCUCGACCCCCUCCUUCGGGGCAGACGCUGCCAGAGAGUGUCAGUGAGGAGGAGGAUGAGGAUGAGGCGGGUGAGGGCGAGGAGGAUGAGGAGAAUGAGGGGAGCGGGGAUGACAGUGAGGAGGGGUGGGAUCCCGAGAAGCAUGGUGGUGGGGAAGGGGGGGAUGAUGAUGAGGAUCAUGAGGUGGAUGAUUUAGAGCCAGAAGAGGUGCAGGAGGCGGUGGGGGAGGAGGUGGGAGAGGGGGGUGGAGUAGAGGCGGCGACAGAGGCGGGAUCACAGCAUGUGGCUGAAGGUGGAGGGAGCGUGGGGGUUAAGGUGGGGAGAAAGCCCGCGUCCUUGGCGGGUCUGAGGGUUAGGAAGCAGGCCAACAAAGUGAGGGAGCGGGCGUAUCCCGCCACGUUCACUGGGGAGCCCUUGGGGGACGGUGUGAUCGCUCCGGAGUUCCUAGACGAGGACGGAGGGUCAGAGAGUAGUAAGGGGACUGGCAAGGGGAGUAAGAAACCGGGGUGGCAAGUUAUGAUUUGCCAGGGGAGACGUUUCCGCGUGGGGGAGGAGGAGGACGACGAGGAGGAGGAGGAGGAGGAGGAGGAGGAGGAGGAGGAGGAGGAGGAGGAGGAGGAGGAGGAGGAGGAGGAGGGGGAGGAGGAGUGGGAGGAGGAGCAGGAGGGGGUGGGUGCUGGCGACACCGCUGGCGGGGAGCAGGCUGUUGUUGGUAGUAGCAGUGGAGUUCAGGUGUAG